GGUGCAUUCAAGAAGACACGAAAUGUUGCGAAACUGUUGCGUUUUCACAACGAGUGCGUCGUUAUAAGGUCGUUCGUUACCUGGCUUUCGUUUAAUUCGUUGUAAAUCUUUAGUUAACCUUAAUGAACACACAUAUAAUUGAAUCCAUUCUUUAAGUGAACUUUUAAAAUUUGUUUCAUAACAACUGAGGAAUAGUCUUGAAUGCGACUCCACAGCGACUGUUUACCUUACGAUGGUGACCGUAGUGGAGGUGCUGAGCCUCCUGCUGGUGUCAGUGUUGUGGGGCUGCACCAACCCUUUCCUGAAGAGAGGCACAGAGGGGAUAGAACAUGUGGCAGAGACCAACAGAGUGUCGCAGCUACUGGCUGAGGUCAAGUUUCUUUUCCUUAACAUCAAGUACCUGGUCCCUUUUCUCCUGAACCAGAGUGGCUCUCUGGUCUACUAUUACACACUUUCCACCACAGAGUUGUCACUUGUUGUUCCUGUGGCCAACUCUCUCACCUUCCUUUUCACACUGCUCACUGGCAAGUUACUGGGUGAAGAAUUUGGAGGCAAACAGGCUGUCGCAGGAAUGUUUCUCACCAUGGCUGGCAUCAUUCUGUGUGUUAUAAGCUCCAUCGAUGACAAAGACAUUGGCAAGCAGAGUAUGACCCAGCCUGCGCACUAACGGAGAUCAGGAUUAAAGCUAUAUCUUCUGUGCCUUCAUAUGAUUCCUUGGGGAAGGGGAAGGGAAGAAGACCGCAGCAGAGUUAGAGUUUAGAUUCAGGUAACGUCUCCUUAGAGCAACGGUUCUAGUGGGAGAAAUGUGCCUAAAUGAAGUCAGCGUGACUUCAGAAGAACUGUUCAGAAAUUCGUACAUCAAGAUGAAGGGGAUGUGGGAUCAUGUAGGGUUCACCCCAGAGCUAGAUUAGAUUAAUGGUGCUCACAUAGAAGUCGUUGGUUGGCGGUUGUUUUACUUUUAAGGACACUGCUGACCCGCCAUGUGACAGGCAUCUGCAUAGAAAUAGAGACCACGUUCAAAAAAGGCUGGGGUUUGAAGUGGACCAAUUAGAUGCCGCCUCUUGGUGUAACAGGGACAGUUUAUUGUGGCUGCCUUCUGUCUGCUGUGGUGAGUGUUUAGGUGGUGAGAGGAGGACGAAUUGCUGUUCAGCAGAAGGAUAAUGCUGUUUUUCCAUGUAUACAUGAUGCAUUACAUAGGAAGAUUUACCACUGAUAUUUUCUAAAGUUCUUUGUGAAGGGAGAGUACUAUAGGACUGAGUUGCUAUAAGGGUGAGUGACCUUGUUUGCUCUGCAAACAUGUCUGGACAAGUUGUACAGUAUUCAGAAAUAAGUCACAAUGCAUAGUAAUAUAUAUUUCACUGUUCUAGUAUCAAAUUGACACAUAGCACUGUACAGAUGCCUUUGUUAUUGUUGCAUCUGUACAGCUUGUCAUGUAGCUGAUAUUUUAACAAUAAAUCGUUGGCAAAACAUUA